CGGCGGCAACAGUUGAUGAAAGUCCACGGGCCCAAGUUGACGAUUGAAUGUGGUAGGCACCCCGAGACGGAUGGACGAACCGAACACAUGAACAAACUGUCGCAGCAGACACUCCAUAUGUACAUUGGACCGGAUUAGAUUGAUUGGGACGAGUACUUACCAGCGGUAUCUAGUGUGUACUCUACCUCUUUGCAGUUGGCAACAGCGCAGUCCCCGAAUGAAAUGCAUAAGGGUGGGAACCCUAGGAGACUGAUCGAAUGCUUGAACCCUGAUCAGAUUCAACGAUUAUCACCUGGAACUAGAGAGUUCACACUUAACUAUGGGAAAGACCUGCAGAAAGUCGCGGAAAACAUCAAGAAAGGGCAGCAGCAGAUGAUAGAACAAGCUAACAAGCAUCGUAAACCGUCAAAGUUUGUCGUCGGUGACUUUGUCUGGGUCAAGUCUAAAGAGUUUCUAUCGGAGAAAGGGAUUUCUUCGAAACUGCUCCCUGCAUACAGAGAGCCGCUGGAGAUCAUGAAUCCGAAGGCCGAGAAGGUUGCAGCAAUGCUGCUGCCACCAGCCACACAGGAAAGCACAGCGGCUCACAGAAGGGGGGGAGGUGGGGAGGGUGGUAUGGGUAGUAAGGUGGAGGAUGCCUCGGAAGCGGCAAGAUGGUUGGGCGCUGGUCCAAGCAGAUCUGGGAACUCCUCUGUGGUUGUAGUGCCGUCGGUGGGAGACGCGGGAGGGUGGACUGUGGAUUUGACGCUGGGGACAAAUCAGGUGAUUCCAGGACAGAGUGGGGGACGACCUUCGACGCACACAAGUAGCAUGGAUGGGCGGAAAGAAGGAAGGGAGGCAGAAGAACUGAGCAAGGGGGAUCAUUGGGUGGAAAUGGGUAGCUGGCCCAAGCAAAGCGCUGGGUCAUCACCAUCAACUGUACAGGUGGAACGUGCGGAACCGGUAGUGCUCCCCCAUUUAGGGAUGACACGACCGUCAUUAAGUAAAUCUGACGUAGUAAGAAAGACGGCUGAGAGAGGCAACGGUGGCAAGGCAAACGAUGGAGAGAUUGCGGCAAAUAUAGCAUUUACAGCCUUGCGUUCUGUGAAUGAGGGUCAGAGAUCGCUUCCACAUCGCUUGCCUAAUAAUCCUGUGAUGCUGUCCUCAGACACAAAUCUGCCCACUGAACAGCUGAACCUUUACCUCAAGAUGCUGGGACCGGAUGGCCGCCUCAGAUUAAAUUCACUUUGAUUUCUUAACAUUGUCUCUAUGCUCUUCUUACCUGCUUCGCCUCCUUGUUUGCUUUGUCAUUUGCGGGAUAUGUGUCGAACACCGACGCCGUAUCCUGUUCGUUGCAACCAUCGAAUCGGGGCAUCGAAAAACCAGGUGGGUUCUCUCUCCCUGAUCAUGGCGUCUGGAAGGCAAAUGAUGAAGACAACAAAACAGGCGACGCGCC